AAAGCAACAAUAACAACUUCUGUGAAGGAGGACAGGUGGAAGGUCUUAUCGGUAGGAAAAACUCUACUGAAGUUUCAAAGUUUGGGCACGCAUUGCACGAAAAAUAAGUUCAAUGGAGCCGUUUCAAGAUCAAAACACCAUCCUGCCGGUUCUUUGCAAGCUCCGUGCCGCAUUUGCCAUAGCUGGCCCAUUAUCUAUUGCUGGGAAGUCCCAGAACAGCAUUAAAGUUUACAUGAGAGUCGUAAAGGAUAUCCUAUCGGAAGACAAACGCGAAUACUUUAGCAAGAAAAAAAUCAAAUUGCUCGAAGAUAAAGUAGCACAAACAUUGGAUUCUGGGGACAUAGAUGAAAAUGCGCGCAUGAUACGCGAGGGACUCGAAGGAAUCUACGACGAUGUGAUCGAUCAGCAUUGUGGGCUUGAUGGCGUUAAUUUCCAUCCGUCCGACGAAAUGAUUUCACGCGCAAUAGAGCUUUGCAGGCCGCUUGUUAAGUGUGGGCGCUAUAGCGAUUCUGCUCGAAUAUACAAGAAAGUUGUCAAGGAACUGUUGAACGACACAACGCUGACUGACCAUUCAUUAAGUCAACUUCAAGAAUCCAUUGACUUCAGUGACGGCUGCAAUGACCCGAGUGAAGUCAAUUCAAAAUUUCGCAAAGCAGUUGACUACGUUUAUGACGAAAUACGGCUACCUGAGAUUUAUGCCGAUUUGCCUACGUUGAAAGACUAUGGUAACAAUGGAACAGGCCCACGAGUCAUGUUAUUUGGUAAGGCAAAUUUCGGUACUGGGCUUGGCUUUAAUCACAUGUCAUUAACAGAUGCUAUUAUUGGUGGAAAGAGCACCAUGGAAUUGGUUGACUCAAGUAAUGAAUCCGAGCUCGGAUUAUUGCAAGGUUCUGUUAAAGAUGAGGAUGACAAAGGGUUUGCGAGUGUUCGCUUAAUACCGAGUGAUGAUUAUACCUUCAAAGAAAGAAUAAGAAAUGCCAGAGGGAUUCUUAUUUCUUUGAGAAGCAUGUGCAAAGUAGCCUUACGUCCAAAAUUGCAGCUUCAAUCCGAAAAGAAUACCCGGGCUUUUAAUUGGCAGUGCGGUUUUCUAUUGCCAGCUGAGGAGGAAACCGAGGUUUUCCUUCCACUACGUCACUUCUGGCCAUCCAUUUUCGGGCAUGCUUUGCCAAAUAAUGGCAAUGUUCAAUUGGAUAAAGUAGAUAGUAUUGGAUUCUUGAUUAGCAAGGUUGAGGAAAAUGGAUCCUGUAAUCCCAAUUUCUCUGGGUGCGAUUUUUCUGUGGCAGUUAACUGGAUUGCCGCUGUUAAGGACCAAAAUGAUGUGUAGCCAGUGUUAGAAUCACUUUUCCAAAUAAAUUAUGUUUUAUUCUUGGUUUUUAACUCGUAUGGACUUUUAUACCCCGGGACUUUCUCAUUUUAAGUAGAUUCAGCAUGAAACUGGAAUUACAAAAUAAGCCUUUUGAUACUGCAAAGUUUUACUUCAAUUUCAAUUCGCAUCUAAAUAUAAAUUUCUGUUUACCAUAAGGAGUGUCAGACGAAAAGUACUUUAGUAUUCAAUUUCUGUGCCAGCUUUAGAAACAAAAAUUGAACUUUGGUCCGGCGAAUCUUUCUCUCUAUCGUUCAAGACAAAAAGCUCAAAUGGAAGAUAAAGAGUGGACUUUCGUCCAUCCCACAGAUUCAAGUUAUUAUACCCCAGUUUUAACUAGCUAAAAAAGAAAUGCAAUAGCUUAAAACCUGGUAAUCUUGCUCCUAAUGGACUUAAAAUGUUGCUAUACAUAUUAAAUGAUGCUAUCUGGUCUUUUUGCUUCCUUCCCCUUUAACAUAUCUUAUACCUCGUUUUGCGUUCUUGGUCGCAGUCUUGUUGCGUUCUACACAUCUUUCGAUAAAGUCGAUGCUACGUUUUAACUGUUGCUCUUUUUAGUUUUAUGUUAACUGAUGAGACUCGGGGGUGGGUUUGGACUAUAGCCACGUUUGGUGCCUCACUGUAGAAAGUCUCGAGGAAAAUUUAUUAAAAGUUCUCAAAUAUUCAUGUACAGGUCAAGAAACUCCCUGGACAAAGACAUCCCAAGAAGGGACUAAGAGUUUAGGUAAAAACGUUAUGUACAUUGGUGCCGUGACCUGGAAUGAAAUGCAUUUCCAGAUAGGAAAAUCCACAACUACAUAUAUGUUUAAAAAGAGACCGAAACAUUUUAUCCAAACACAGCAAACUCUAAAAUUCGAUUCCUAUCGAGAAUAACAAAGUUAUGAUGCAAACAAUUUUCGUUUUUUUGUAGCGCUUGCAGCCACAAAAUUAAUAUUUUAUUUCUUCUGAAACUAAUACGGAUAGAUGAAUAUAACAUGGUAUGAUAUUACCGCUAAGAUUUCUUUUGAAUUCACCCAAUCUGGUUAUUGUGUCCCUGAGCCGAUUACCACGAACUACUUAGUCAAUAAAACUAUUGCGUCAACAAUAAAAAACAAAUAUUUUCUUCCAUUUUUGUUUCAAACGUCUCAAUUACAAAUGUCUAUUUAGAAAGUUGAUUCAGUCAACGAAUUGUUUUUGGUGUUUCCAAUACUGAUUUUUCGAUCAAAACCACUAAGUUUGACAAUCUGUUUUCAGAUGCUAAAAUAAAAAUCUUUAUUCGCUAACACUUCGAACGACAAUGUAUUUAUAUUUCAGAUCCAGAAACCAUACUUGAGUGACUAUGUAAACAGCUAUUGCUUUUUAAUUACAAAUCCUGCUUAUAUUCUGUAUAUUAAGACUCGUAAAACGAGACAUUAUGUUGAUAAACUCUGUAAAUAACGAACGUAACUAGAUGCGUGGUUUCCCACAAAAAAGUAGAAUUAGUAAGGCCAUUUUCCACUUCAGCGAAUUGUUCAGCGUGUUUCCAUUCAGAGGGAAGCUGUGUUUUGCUUGGAAGUUAGAAUCCUUUAAACUUUCACAUUUCGCUAGCGAAUUCGCCCAUGCCCAGAAAGAACAAAAGACAUUCCAAUCGCUGACGAAUUCCUUAAAGCUUUCGCUCAAGUGGAAACCGACCUUUAGAAGUAUCUUGUUUGUUUUAAAGAGUAAGGGACUGUUAUGCUAUACGAAACAAUUUGCAGAUUUAUCUUCACGUUUAAUAAUUGUUAUGUACUUAAUGAUUUUUUCGAGCGGUAGUUUAAAGAAUUGUUUGGUGAUAAUUAUAUAGAGUAAUCGGAA